AUGUCUAUGUUUAAGCAAGUGGAUGUUUUCACAAACACAAAGUUCAAAGGGAACCCAGUGGCAGUAUUCUUUGAUGCGGACCAUCUCAGUAAGGAAGAAAUGCAACAGAUUGCGAGGUGGACCAACUUAUCGGAAACCACUUUCAUAUUGAAACCCUCGACGCCAGCGACCUCUUAUAAGGUUCGUAUUUUCACACCUGCUACAGAGUUAUCAUUUGCUGGUCACCCAACUCUUGGUACUUGUUUUGCUCUCUUGGAAGCAAAGCGGAUACAAGUCAACUCCAAAGGAUUAAUUGUACAGGAGUGUGGUGCUGGUAACGUUGAGAUAGAACCCAUUGGAAAUCUCGAAGAUCUCAAUUCAAUUGACUUGCAGUUGCGUGUCCCUCGCUAUGACUUCCACCAAGUGAGUGAUGAAGCCAUUGAAGAUAUUAGUCAACUGCUAGGGUUACCUAAAGAUCAAUUUGAUACUCCUGUACUUGUUGAAAUUGGGCCUAAAUGGGUUGUUGUUCGCUUAAAGGAUGGGCAGUCUGUUCUUGAUCUUGAACCAAACCACGGGGCAUUAACUGACGUUUCAAUAAAAUAUGGGUGGACUGGUCUAUGUACUAUUGGCCAACAUAAUGACGAAGGAACCAAAUGGGAAAUGAGAAACUUUGCUCCAGCAGAAAUGGUUCCUGAAGAUCCUGCUUGUGGAUCAGGGGCAGGCGCACUUGGAGCCUAUUUGGGAGUCCAUCAAAAGGGUGGUGAAGGUGUUUACCAUAUUUCUCAAGGGAACAAGAUCAACAGGGAUGCUCAUUUGGUGUCUACUGUUAAACCAAGAGUAGAUUCCGAAGGGUUUGAUGUUUUCGUUAAGGGUCAUGCUAUUACUACAAUUACAGGGUUUUACUAA